GACUGUGCUUCUAAAAUUUCACCCAAAAUCAUGGCCUCUUCCCUACUCCGCUUCACAACCUCCCUUCUCCGCUUCCGUCCGGCGGUAGCCUUUGCUGUCUCUGCAUACCGUCAACACUCGAUGAGGUCGUUUUGUUCUCCGGCGGAUAAUACGCCACCCAAAGUCACAUUCGACCUCACAUUUCUCAAAUACCAAAUGGAUAACAUGGCGGGAGUUCCGUCCAUGCUAAUCACCGUGGCCAACGAUGAAGAGCUGACCGUAAACGUGCCCGGGAUGUCGAAAACGGAGACCGAAAACGGCCCCUGCCUAUCCAUACAAAUGCCCGGAUUACGAAUGCCAAAGGGGGGAGAUCAAGCAGUUGCUUAUAGGGAGCUUGUUGUGGACAACAACUUACUCAUCUAUCUCAAAACAAGUAUCACCAAACAAAUUUACCUUGCAGGCAUUAAGUUACCCCCUAACCUUGACCUAAACGGUAAAUUAAAUGUGUUGAUUUCGAAAGGAGUGUUUAAUAUAACUCUUCCGGUACUCAAAAACACCGAUAGUUACAUCAUGCCUGAUUUCGUUGACACCAUGGUUAAGCUCCCUCGCCCUACGCCUUACUGUGUUGUGUUUGAUAGAUCGGAUCUAGGAAAGGAACUUUGCGAAGUGAUAGCCCACCCGGGGGUGAAGAGUAAGUCCUUCACAAUGUAUAAGAAGGAUACUGGGGAGAGCAUAUAUAUGAAAGGGAAUUUGCCUGGGGUGGAGAAUAUAGUGGUGACUGGAGAGGGAUUGUGUGUGUCAUUGAACAUGCCCGGGUUCGAGAUACAGGACGUGGAUUUGGGGUUUGAGUAUGAUACGUUGAUUAUUGAAGGGAAACGCGAAGAUGAGCACUAUAUUGCUGGGGUUCGUGUGCCUGAGGGAUUCUGUACGGAGCAUUGUAUGAUCAAGAGAGAGAUGCAGGAUGGAGUGUAUAAGGCAACUCUUCCCCAUGUUGAAGACGGUGAAAAGAAGGCUAAAAGACGCGUGUUUAGUCUGUAUCGGUAGCUAGAUAAUCAAUGGAUAUGGUUAAUGUUAGCUUUAAGUCUCUAACUAAUAGGUAGAAAUUAAAUCAAAGUGCCCCUCAAUCAUCUAGUGAAGAUUUGUAAGGUUUAUUUGGGGCUUGGUCUUUUGUGUAAUGUACUAACCAAUGGAUAGUUAUAUUAUAUAUAUGUAAGCAGUGGCUUAUUAUUCUGA